AUGGUAGUGCCUAUCAGUUCCUUUUGUAAAGCAAUCCUACUAACUAGUAGCGAUAAAUUAAACGAUGAAAUAAAGGCUAGGUUUCCGUCUCUUUUUUCUAAUGACCUUGGCUGCUGUACGAAGACCCAAGCGAAUCUGAAGCUAAAAAAAGAAGCGCGACCCGUUUAUCGUAACGCUCGACCAGUUCCAUAUGCAGCAGCUCCCAUAGUUUCGGCAGAACUUGAACGUCUUCAACAUCUUGAAGUAAUUUCACCACUUGAAUACUCACAGUCAGCGGCGCCAAUCGUAGUUGUAAGAAAGAAGAUUGAAAAAGUUCGUAUAUGUGCCGAUUAUUCUACAGGUCUAAAUGACGGCCUAGAGCCAAAUAAAUAUCCUCUUCCAACGCCUGACCAAAUAUUCUCCAAACUUGCUAAUAAGAAAGUCUUUAGCACAAUUGACCUAUCAGAUGCAUAUUUCCAGAUUCCAGUGGACCAAGAAUCUCAAAGCCUGAUGGCAAUCAAAACUCACCUCGGCUUAUUUAAAGUACUUAGACUGCAGCAAGGUGUUAAAACAGCCCCUGGCAUUUUUUAA